AUGGACAUGCUCGUGGCGAAGGACAACAAUCCAGGCGUGUUUCGGUUCAGACGUGUKCGUGGCGAAGGACAACGAUCUAGGCGUGUUCCGGUUCGACGACAUGUUCGUGGCGAAGGACAACGAUCCAGGCGUGUUCCGAUUCAAGGACGUGUUCUUGGCGAAAGACAACAAUCCAGGCGUGUUCCGAUUCAUGGACGUGUUCGUGGUAAAGGACAACAAUCCAGGCGUGUUCCGAUUCAAGGACAUGUUCGUGGCGAAGGACAACGAUCUAGGCGUGUUCCGAUUCAAAGACAAGCCGUAUGA